AUGACCUGUCUAUCAUUCUUAUGUGGACAAAAUUCAGCAACAGGCGAUCCAGAGCUUGGGGAUGAGCUCUCAGGACUGCAAAAUGUUAUUCUAUACUCAUACAAGGAGUUGGCAAUUGCAACCAAUGAUUUUAGUCUAGCGAAUAAAAUUGGGGAGGGAGGAUUUGGUUCCGUCUAUAAGGGAAAACUUAAGAAUGGGCAGAUGGCUGCAAUUAAGGUUCUCUCUGCUGAAUCGAGACAAGGAGUGAGAGAGUUCUUGACGGAGAUUCAAGUGAUUUCAGAUAUAGAGCAUGAAAAUCUAGUCAAGCUUUAUGGUUGUUGUGUGGAACGGAAUCAAAGAAAUAGUAUUUACAACUACCUUGAGAAUAACAGUCUAGCAAAGACACUUCUUGGUGGAGGUUACUGGGUCUGCAGCAUCCAUUUUAAGACAAAUCCGCUCAUUUGA